CGCUUCACCGCAGCCAGCGCGAACCGAGCCCAAAACACCGAGCCCAUCCCCUGUUGUUAGCUCUGAUCGUUGCUGCUAUCAUUUGAUAGUCCGCUUGUAGCCGGUCCAAGUUGGCAAUGUCACCCCAAGCUGAUUGGAGCCACAGACAUUUUUGCUGACUGGAGUCAUGCUAUCUUUGCCAGUUUGCUGGAAUAGACACAGACACUGAUUGGGUCAUGCUGAAAACAUUCCUGUCCUAUGAAGCAAGUCUGUUUGUAUUUUAGGUUUGCCAGGACUAAUGAAUUAAAAAUCUUGGUCUCGCCACAGCUUGCUGUUUAAUAAUGCCUGUGACAGAAGGAUUUUUUCCUCCCUGAAGCAUGACAGCAUCAUAAUCCCUCGCCACUGGAAAGGAGAGGAAGGAAAAGCAGAAUUGUGAAGAAAAGCAGAAAAGGGUGAUCUUCUGGGACCGCAAAGCCCAUGGGAAGUGCAGGUAGCAGCAUGUUGCCCUGACAGCUGUCUCAGCUUCUCAGACCUUGUCAGUUUGUUGCUAUGCAGCAGGUGCAGCCUUUUCUUUUAUUGAAGCUUUACUCCAUAAAGGCAACGACAAGCCAAGGCAGUGGCUGGCCCUGGAUUAUACAAGUGCAGACACUCUACUAAGUGAGAAUGCUUCCACCUCUCUCUGUACUCUUACUGCUUUUUGUGAUGAAGAGCUUGAGGAUGCUGCACAGAACUGAUUGAAGGGUCUCAUCUCAUUAAAACCGCUUUUUGGAGCUGCUGGUCUCAGAAGAAAUACCAAGGACUGCAUAAGGUCCUGAUCUGGGAGGCAAACCCAUGCAGAAAGACCCCUACAUCUGCACAGAGGUCCGCUGAAGAACCACCACCAAGAACCAGGCAGCAUUGCCACGAGUCAAGGCUUGCUGAAGGGGCAAUGGCGGGGAGCAAGCAGCUGGAACAGACAAGUAAAAGCAUUGGCUCAAGUGCCCACAUGAUCACCACCGCCAGGGUACCUGCUGAUAAGCCAGUACGAAUUGCCUUCAGCCUGGAUGAAUCCCCAGAUGAUGAUGCUCCUGAAAACUCCUUCCCUUUGGCAUUUCCAGAACUAGAUCAGCAGCUGCAGCCUCUGCCUCCUUGUCAUGACUCUAAGGAAUCGAUGCAGGUGUACAAACAACACUGCAAAAUAGCAGAAGAGUAUCAUGAGGUGAAAAAAGAAAUUGCUCUGCUGGAAGAAAGAAAAAAGGAGCUGAUUGCCAGACUGGAACAAGUGGAAAAAGAAAGCAUGGAUGCUGCUCAGCUGGCCAAGGAGUAUGCAGAACUGACAGAGGAGAACCGAACACUGAAGCUGGCCCAGACGCAGUGUGUAGAACAACUGGAAAAGCUCAGAAUACAGUACCAAAAAAGGCAGGGAUCCUCAUAACUCGCAACUAGCUUAUGUCAGGCAGUUAAUACAGGAUUGAUCCUGUGCUGGAAAGAGAUUUUAAAAUAAAGGUCUGUUUAAUAUGUUAUAAUACUUUACUACAGAUACAGAGUAUGUAGAAGUCUAUAUUUGAUUUAAUGCUUGCCAGCCAGUAGCUUAAUAUAAUGGAUAUUUCAUCCAUUAUAUAAUGGAUAUUUUAUUUCAAGUAACAUAAUUGAAGUUAAUCUAUCCCCAUUAUAUGUUCUAGUAGAUCAGGUUUCUUUUCUAAACAUAUUUCUUCCAAUUUAAGAAGAUAUGGACACACUAGAAAAUGAUAUAAAUAGUCUCUGUGUUGGGAAUUUGGACCAUACUAAGGCAUACAGCAGGGACAAUGUUAAUAUAUGGAAUACACAUAUGUUAAUUUUAGUUUGGUGAAGAUUUUUAAAAUUAUAUUCCUCAUGCCUAAAGUGUUUGGAAGUUAUCUUAAAACAGAUCUCCUCAUGGGUAAAAACUAGACUUUAUUAUCCCGUGUCAGCUUUACACUGUUGUAUAAAAUCAGAUAAGUUGUACAUUAAAAUUGAAUUAACCCAGUUACUAGUUAUGAAGUGAGAGUAGUGACAACAGUAAUUUGCAAGUUUUGAAAUUGCAGGGAACAGAUGAGAUCAGGCUUUCCUUCCCCAAACGUAGAUGACCUGAGAGUCUUUUUUAUUGUGCUCUUUGCCAUCUGAGAAAUGAAAAGUUAAUAUAUGAAUGCUACCGUCAUAGUUGUAACUGAGAACAUGUCAGUAAGCGUAUCAUGAGGGUAUUUUGUUCUCAUCUUCUGGUCUGCUUGGAAACGUAAGUAACUAUAAGUACAGACAAGAGUUCCAUGAUACACAAAUAACUUGGAAUUAAAAUGCUUGUUUUACUUGCUCUAUUUAUCCCUGUAUUUUCCUAAUUCAAUUGAAAUUCUUUGUUAUACUUCCAUUUCUAUUCAUACAGUAUUUUUUUCAUUAAAAGCAAAUACAGAAAAACCA